CAAAUUGAGAUUGUGUAUCGGAGGAACUUCCGGUCACAUGUCUACUACAGUAUGAUCAUGUGACCUUUUUUGGUAAAAUGAAAGCUGUUAACGGCCAACUUGUUUUGAUCGUUUAUUUGUGUUUAUGUCCGAGCCAGCAAUUUAACGAACUGCAGGUUUGUAGUCAGUGUAGCGGGACCGUACGAGAUGGCUCUGCAGUGGGUCUGUUUUGCUCCUCGUCCGCUGGCCGGAUCGCUGGACGCUGCUGCGUGGGGAAUAAAACGAGUGACCCUGAACGCGUCAUCGGGCUGGAUCUCUCCAAUUGUUCCUUAAACCACUUGGGGUAUAUCCAGGAAGCAUUUACAGCUUUAAUAAUAGAUCUCUCACUAAACACUAUUGUCAACAUCAGUGACUCAGCUUUUCGAGGAUUUAUUGAUUUGAAGAACUUGAUUUUGCCUGCAGACAUAGCAUGUCCUGGUGGGAAUACCUCCUGGGAAAAAGUGGAGCUUACAAAGGGAAAUCGUCUUUGUGAAGGCCAGAAGAAUAUGUGCAACCAAACAGGGCAGAUGUCCACCAAUUGCCCGGAGUACUCCCAGUGCGGUCCGUUUGGUCCUGGCUUUGUUGAGUGUCGUUGUGCAGACAACUACCACGGGUACAAGUGUCUCAGAGAAGGAGAAUUCCCGGCCUUGCAGGUAUUUGGGCCUCUGGGUGCAUCCACACUGGUGCUUUCCCUCCUGCUGUGGGUUACGCAGAGACGAAAGGCUAAGUCAUUAUAGCAUCUUUUUUUUUUUUACGUCCUACAAUCUACUGAGUAAGCUCAGUUGAAAUAUACAGUCACAUUGCCUCAGUGUUUAACAUCUUGCAUUAUGUCAAUUUUGUGGUUUUUAUGUGAACUGAUUUUAUUGUAACCACACAGGGUUUUAAAUGUAUCGUUUUGGAUCAUAACCACUCAUUAUCUGCCUUUACACUUGAGCUCUAUUUAUUUUUUAAGAAUAUUAAUUUUUUUGUAUAUUAGUAAUCAACCACAAGUGGGGUAAAAAACUGUCAAUGAUGGUAUAAUAAAAACACGUUGGAACUUG